CCCCCGCUCCAUCCUCCGCCACCGCCCGAGCAGCUGCGGGGCUGCCGCCGCCGCCUUUGCAGAAAUUAGUUUUCAGAAACAGGUCCAUUAUAAAAUAAGAUUAUUUGAUUUGAUUGAUCUCGUUGAAUUUCAGGAAGACUUCCAUCCUCUCAGUGUUCUUGGCUGAGUCAUCACUAGAGAGUGGGAAGUGCAGCAGCAGCAGCCACAGCAAAGAAUCCAAAUCCUAAAACUGAUCCUGCAAAGCAUCAUUUCUCCAAGUUGGGGGCUCAGAGGGGAGCCAUCAUGAGCGAUGUUACCAUUGUGAAAGAAGGUUGGGUUCAGAAGAGGGGAGAAUAUAUAAAAAAUUGGAGGCCAAGAUAUUUCCUUUUGAAGACAGAUGGUUCAUUCAUAGGCUAUAAAGAGAAACCUCAAGAUGUGGACUUACCUUAUCCCCUCAACAACUUUUCUGUAGCAAAAUGCCAGUUAAUGAAAACAGAACGACCAAAGCCAAAUACAUUUAUUAUCAGAUGUCUUCAGUGGACCACUGUUAUAGAGAGAACAUUUCAUGUAGAUACUCCAGAGGAACGAGAAGAAUGGACAGAAGCUAUCCAAGCUGUCGCAGACCGACUGCAGAGACAAGAAGAGGAGAGAAUGAAUUGUAGUCCAACUUCACAGAUUGAUAAUAUAGGAGAAGAAGAGAUGGAUGCAUCUACAACCCAUCAUAAAAGAAAGACGAUGAAUGAUUUUGACUAUUUGAAGCUACUAGGUAAAGGCACUUUUGGGAAGGUUAUUUUAGUUCGAGAGAAGGCAAGUGGAAAAUACUAUGCUAUGAAGAUUCUGAAGAAAGAAGUCAUUAUUGCAAAGGAUGAAGUGGCACACACUCUUACUGAAAGCAGAGUACUAAAGAACACCAGACAUCCAUUCUUAACAUCCUUGAAAUAUUCCUUCCAGACAAAAGACCGUCUGUGUUUUGUGAUGGAAUAUGUUAAUGGGGGAGAGCUGUUUUUCCAUUUGUCGAGAGAGCGGGUGUUCUCUGAGGACCGCACACGUUUCUAUGGUGCAGAAAUUGUCUCUGCUUUGGACUAUCUACAUUCUGGAAAGAUUGUGUACCGUGAUCUCAAGUUGGAGAAUUUGAUGCUGGAUAAAGAUGGCCAUAUAAAAAUUACAGAUUUUGGACUUUGCAAAGAAGGAAUCACAGAUGCAGCCACUAUGAAGACAUUUUGUGGUACCCCAGAAUAUCUGGCACCAGAGGUAUUAGAAGAUAAUGACUAUGGCCGAGCAGUAGACUGGUGGGGCCUGGGUGUUGUCAUGUAUGAAAUGAUGUGUGGGAGGUUGCCUUUCUACAACCAGGAUCAUGAGAAACUCUUUGAACUAAUACUAAUGGAAGACAUUAAAUUUCCUCGAACACUCUCUUCAGAUGCAAAAUCAUUGCUUUCAGGGCUCUUGAUAAAGGAUCCAAAUAAACGCCUUGGUGGAGGGCCAGAUGAUGCAAAAGAAAUUAUGAGGCAUAGUUUCUUUUCUGGAGUAAACUGGCAAGAUGUGUACGACAAAAAGCUUGUACCUCCUUUUAAGCCUCAAGUAACAUCUGAGACAGAUACAAGAUAUUUUGAUGAAGAAUUUACAGCUCAAACUAUUACAAUAACACCACCUGAAAAAUAUGAUGAAGAUGGCAUGGACUGCAUGGACAAUGAGCGGCGGCCACAUUUCCCUCAGUUUUCCUACUCUGCAAGUGGACGAGAAUAAGUCUUUCAUUCUGUUCUCCACUGUCAUCUUAGAUUUUUGUCACUGAGAAUGAUUACUGGACAUCUCCACCAGUCCUCGCUCUUACAGA